AUGAAACCAUAACACCUAAUUUUAGUGACGCUUUUGCUUAUACUUGCAUCUGCCUAACUCACAGUAAAUAUUUUAUCUUUAUAUCUAGCCAAUCUAAACUCAAGAAGAGAUCAAGAUUAAUCUAAAUUCAUAAGAGACAUUUGAUGUCCAAGAUGAUGGAACCAAAACUAAUAAGUUAUUUGAAAUUGAUAAAGAAGUGUAUAAGGAAAUGAAAAAUACAUUUAAGAAUGUUGUACACCUUAUAUUUGAAAAGUAUUAUUCAUUAAUCCUAUUCUAUAGAAACGAAGAAGAAACAUAAGUUAAAGUACUAAAUUCAAUUAUAGAGAAUGUUGAUUUUACAAAAAUAGAUGUAAUAUUUGUCAAGAGUCCAAUUGGAUUAAUUGAAUAACAAAAAGGCAUUGUGAUCAAAAACUUUGAUAAAAUGAUUUGGAUUCAGAAUUUCGACAAUCUAUAAUCUUAGAUCUUCGGUAAUCAUUUAAAUUCUAUACUAGAUAUAAUUAGUCCUAAAUUAGAAUUCUUAAAAACAGAAGAUGAAGUAAAUGAAUACUUUAACCAAAAAACACACUAAAUUCAUUAGUUCUAUUACCUGAUAAUUACACAUUUAGAAGUUAAAUUAUAGAAGAUCUAGAGGCAAUAAUUAGAAAUGGAGAUCUAAAAGAAGCCAGAAUUAAUGGAUUGAAAGCGUUCAAUUCUAAUUAUAAGAAUUUUACUGCUCCUACACUCAUAUUGCACAAAGGAAAUAACAAUUUUGAAUAAUAUGAAUAUAAUUUGACUUACACUGACUAAAUUUUAGAUUUCUUUUACUUAGAAAGCUUGGAUUUAGUAAAUAGAUUGAAUGAAGAUAAUUAUGCAAGAGUCUUUGGAGGACCAAUUCAAACUCAAGUUCAUCUCUUGAUUAAAGGAGGUAUGAGUCAAGACCUAUAUAAUGCUUACUACUAGGUUGCUGAAAAUAAUAAACUUAAUGAUUUAAAAUACCAUCGCUUGAUCUUUACUUAUUCAACCUUUGAUGAAAAUCCAAGCUUAUGGUCCUUAUUUGAUUUUGAUUAAUCUACAGACACACCCAAACUUGUUAUUACAGAAACCAACUUUAGAAAAUAUCAACUUUAAAAAUACAUUUGCUAAUCUGAAACUCUAAAUCAAGAGACCAUUCAAUAAUUUAUCAAUGACUUUAGAAAUAAAAAUUUAAACGAAUUUUAUAAAUCUGAGCCUAUCCCUGAAUACACAGAAAAUCAACUUACAUAUAAAAUAGUAGGACAAACAUUUUCAUAAGAAGUUCUCAAAAAUGGAAAGAAUGUUUUAUUAUUAUUUUGGGAUUCAAAGAAUUAAGAGUUGUUUAAAGAUUAUUUCAAGCUUCUUGAUGACUUUUCAUUAAUUUAGAAUAAGGAUAAAAUUAAAAUUUGCCAUAUUGAUCUUGCAAAUAAUGAACACCCUACAAUAACAGUAGACUCAGUUCCAAAAUUGAUGUUAUACUUAGCAGCAGAUAAAAAGGAUACCAAAGAAUAUUUGAAAAGCUCAAAUCUUGUAAUUUCAGAGCUUAAGGCCUGGUUAGAUUAUUAUAUAGGAGAUGGUUUAGCAUAUAAUGUAGAAAAAGCUAAUCUGUGA